GCCCGUCGUACCAUGGUGAACACUGCGGAGGCCAAUGGCAUUGGAUGGGCAAAGGCUGCAGGGCGGCUCAGAAGAGCUUCCAUCCUACUACCAGAAGCUGGGGGGAAGCCUUUCCAUGCCUACGACACUGGCAACUUGAACUGGGAAGCAGCGUUUGAGCAAGAGCUUGCCAGCAGGGCGGUAGGUGCCAGAAACUUCCCGGCAUAUGGGAAGGAUGGCGAGGAUGCUUUCCGAGCUGCUUUCGACAACGCCUUAGACUCCCUUGGGGCCACCGUCCCUGAGGGUGGUGUUAUGAUAGAUUUGGGCUGCGGGACAGGUCUCAGCACUAGGAGGCUGGCUACGCGCUUUCCCCAGGCCUCGCGGCUUGUCGGUGUGGACUUGUCACCCUACUUUAUCGCUGUUGGCCAGCGCCUGCUGGAGUUAAAGCCGGCCGCAGACACUUGGGUGACCGAGGUGGUUGCAGAUGAGCGCGUCGAGCUGCGGGUCGGUGAUGCUGAGAGCACUGGCCUUCCUGAUGAGUGUGCAACCAACGUGAACCUGUGCCUUGUUAUACACGAGCUGCCUCCUGAUGUCACGAGACGCGUGUGCGCAGAAGCGUUGCGGCUUCUGAAGCCAGGUGGACAGCUUUGGAUUACUGAAAUGGAUUUCUCGGCUCCUGGCUACGUGCAGCUGCGCUCAAAUCCGCUGCUCUUUGCGCUCAUCCGUUCCACUGAGCCCUACUUAGACGAGUACGCAGACUCCACUGAAGAGCUAUUCCGUCACCUGGCGGGCCUUGACUCUGUGGAAUCC